AUGAGUCUUCCGUGUGGCGACCUGUGCUAUGACCAGGUGGCUGACGCCGUGAUUGAGUUUGAGGAGGCCGUGGCGCAGGAGUCGCUGGAGCUGGAUGCCAUCGACCUGCCAGCGGCCGAGGCAUACACGAGCUUCGACGACGCCUUUCAGGACCAGCGCAACCUCAUCCAGGAGCAAGGCGAUGUGCUGGGGACCUUCACCGACCGCCACACCAGCCUCCUCGACCAGCUGCAGAGCAUGCAGGCGACGAUGCAAUUCUUCUCGGAGUCCCGCCUGGCGCAGGCGCAGGUGCUGCUCUCCGACGCCAACGAGCUGCAGGCGCAGAUCAACGCACGCAUCGAUGCCAUCGCCCCUACCCUCAAUGCCAUCAUGUCGGAUGUGUCGCGCGCCUCCAGCCGCGAGGUCCGCGCAGAGGAUUUCCGCGACGCCGCAAACGCCAUCGUCGCCGCUUCCACCUCGGACCUGGCAGACAUCCAAACAAUGCACCCGCAGGUGAACGAGACGCUGUCAACGGCGCUGUCCAUUCACGCGGAAGCUCAGGCUGCGGACGACUGUGUGCAGGAGGGCGUGGCGUCCGCCACAGACCUCCACGAUUCCCUGCGCUCCCAGGUAUCCUCGCUUGCGUCCCACGUGUCGCUCGCCCAGCAGGACCGCCAAGAGGCCCAGGAGGAGGCCCUUCUCCUCCAAUCCCGCCUCGACGACAUGACCUCCGAGGUGUCGAUGGCGACCAGCAACGCCAACCGCCUCGCUGGCGUGAGCACAGAUACGACGAGCGAGAGCAGCCGUCUGUCUGCCGCCACGUCCGCCAACAACGCGCAGGAAGUGGUCCCCCUUGAUGGCGACUUGUCCUCGGAGAUGUCCACGCUCUCUGCGGCGCAAGACGAGUUGGGCGAGCUGUCUUCGCAAGUCAGUGCUGCGCUCUCCACCACCGCGUCUCACACGGCACAGAUUCAAGCAAACACGCAGCUUGCCAGCACCGCAGUGGCGCAGGUGACCACGCUGGUUGCUGAGGCGAGCCUGCUGCAGGCCAUGUGCGACAACGCAACCGAUGUCGUUUCGCAGACGGCGGCAAGCGUGUCCGCAGCCACAAGCAUUGUCAACGCCAACACAGAACGCCUCAGCGUGGCUUCGACCACCGCUGCCACUGCCGCUUCAAGCCUCAGCGCCGUCUCAUCAAAGGCCGUUGCGCGUGGUGCGGACCUUGCUGAGCUGCAGGCGGAGCGGAUGAACGCGCAGUCGUCACUGUCGAGCGCAAUUGCGUCGAGCGAGAGCAUCCACGCCCGAAUUACGGAUGUGCAGGGUGUGGUCAGCGGCAACGAGAUGCGCGUUGCGUCCGUGGAGAUGAACGCAGCAGCGCGGUCCAGCGAGGUGGCGAGUGCAACCGCAGAUGCCGCCGCCACUCUCACGCGCGCAGCGACAGACCAGGCGCAGUGGUGUGCACUCCGCGACGCAGUGCUUGGCGUGCGGUUGGAUGUGGGCGAGCUGUCAUCAGCUGUUGCGCAAUACUCCCAACUGGCCUCUGCCGCCACCGAACAACUCAGCACGCUUGCCUCUGCCCUGGAGGUUGCGGACGGCGUGGUGUCGGCCAAUGCUGAUGCGCUCUCCACCAACACGGCCGCCCUGUCCGACCGGGAAGCGUCCGUGGUGUCGCUUGAGGACCGUCUGAGUGCUGCUGCCUCCUCCAUCCAGUGCCUGCCCAACGUCUGCUUCCUUGACUUCUGAGUUGGAACGAAGAAGCAACAUACGUGCCUGUCAUUUGUGUGUGUGUGUGUGUGUCCGUGUCCGUGUGUGUGUGUGUUUUGUGUGUUUUGUGUGUUUGUGUUGUGCAUGCAUACAAGGUUUCCAGCCUUGCGUGUUCGCACCUUCCUAUGGCUUCUGCCACAAAGUAAAUGCGAG